UGGGCUGCGGCCAUCAGCGGGCAGGCGCUGGGCACCUGGCUGGGCGGCACCAGCCAGGGGCACGGGUGCGAGUGCUCCUGCCACUUCGAGGCCUCGCCAGACGAGGCGCUGAUCGGGCUGCUCAAGGGGCAGCUUGACAGGUGCGGGCCAGAGCACCUCCACGGGCAGCCCGCCUUUGCACCUGACUGCCCAGCCUGCGCCCCUUGCCCGCCCGGGCACACCGGGCUCGAGGUGGUCCUGGCGCUGCUGUUGGGGCUUGUGCUGGGCGCGGUGCUGCGCGAGGCGUUGGAGAGCCUAUCGAUCGGGUGCAGGGUCCUCGCCUACUACGAUCGAGACGACAACUACUGGCAUGAAAGAUAUAUCAUCGGGAAGGUUACCGACACGCGCUUCAUUGUGGUCACCCCACACUUCGACAUCUACGAGGAGGACUUCUCGGAGAGUCUCGCGCUCUGCCUCAUCGGCCCCCGAGGGGGGCUGCCCACCAAGCUCAAUGGGCACAUCCUGCGCCUGGACAUGGACAGGUUCAGGCGCAACGAGGCGCGACUGCUCGGGGAGGGCCGUCAGCUGGCCAAGGAGAUCCGCGAGGCCGAGGGGCUCCCAGAGGGCCCGCCUGGCGCCCUCGCCGACGCCGCCGCCGACGGGGAUGCUGCCCAGCUUCCCCUGCCGCCGCCCCCAGGCGCCCCUGGGGCCGCUCAGGGCGGCGCUGCUCGCGCUGGUGGCGCUGGCAAGUCUGUUCGCUGGGUGGCCGCCGAGGAGCGGGCUGGCUACAAACCUGGAGACGAGGUCGGGCUGCAGCAGCCCGAGGCCGUUCUGGGCGACCGUGGCGUCUGCGAGCUCACCGACGGCACCGUGCUGGCUGUGGCCAAAGAGGGGGCGCUGGAGAGCACCGCCACGCCACGGGCGGCAGCCGAGCAGGACUUGCGGACGCUUCCUGUCAGGUACGACGCGCGUGGCGUCCGCGUCAGGGACUUCACCGAUGCGGUGGAUCGGAUGUCCUCGACCGCCAUGCCCGACUGGCCUAUCAAGGGCCCCCGCACGACCCUAUGGCUGGUGCAGCAGUUCAAGCGACUCGGUCAGACGCCCUUGCAGCGGCACCAGUGGUGGCGCCAGACUCAGAACCUCACGGCAGCGGAUGCAGGCGUUGACGAGCACCAGUUCUUGUCGGAGCUCCUCGAGAUGGGGGCUCAGACGGACCAGCUUAAUGAAGGUGAGCUGGCAGUGUACGAGACGGUCGCGAGGCGCUACCAGCUCUGGGAGGAGAUCUACGCCAACAGGCUGCGCGGGCACGAGAGCGGUGCGCUGCGCAGCUCAGGGAGUUCGGCGUGGCUGGAUGAGCGCGAGAUCUUCCUGGGCCAGGAGCGGGGCAGAGGAGGAGCGCUCGUCUGCCCUGAGCUGCAGACCUGGGUGGCGGACCGCCUCCAGGCCGAGGCAGCGGUGCUCAAGGAGCGCCGCAAGGGUCGCGAGGAGAAGAUCCUGGCUCGAGGUGUCGGCCCGGGUGGAGGAGAUGACGACAGUGGAGCCCCUGCCAAGGCCAGGAGGCGGCAGGACCAGUGGCUUCUCGAGGGCAUCGCCUCCCUCAAUGAGCUGGGCGGGCAGGGGCGACAGGUGCCCAGCCACGCCCCGCUGACGGCGGCCCAACGUGUGGCCGUGCGGCGGCUGGCCUCGCUUUACGGCAAGUGGUCUCCGCCCGUUGAUCGUCCAAGUCCCCAUGCGGCAUGGUCGUUGCUGCAGGGUCUCAGGCCUGGCUACUCUGAAGCCGAGGCCGCAGGUGCUCGAACAGUCUACCAGCGGGGGAACAUCUCGCUUCCCAAGAUCGGUGCUGGCAAGGUCCCCCUCGUGGACGUCCUUCCUGCUGAUCUGCAAUCCAAGCUGGAGUCUGGGCACGGGCUGUUGCGUUCCCCUGAGGAGGCAGCAGCGCUAAUUCGUGAUGCAGGUGCUCCUCGCGCCAUGGAUCCAAAGCUGGGCCGCCUGGGCUACGACUAUGGCCACGCGCUGGGCGAGCUCUUCGCCUCGGGGGUCAUCGAGUGCAGCUCAGAGCCGGUGCUCGAAGAGGCGGGCAUGUUCUUCGUCGCCCGCAAGGAUAAGCGGCUGCGUCUCAUCUGCGACACCAGGACUCCCAACAUGCACUUCACUGUUCCUAACCACACCGCCCUUGCGACGGGCGAGGCUCUCUCCUCGCUGGAGGCGUCGGGGGUGAACUUCAUCGGCAUGAGUUCUGGAGACGUUGACUGCUGUUUCUAUCAAUACUCACUUCCGCCCUGGUGUAGGCGCUACUUCAACCUGCCGACUAUUCAGAGUCGCUUCUUGCCGCUCGAGGUCAGGAACGCCUGUGGGUUGUCAGGGAAGAGCGGCCAGGUCCGUUUUCGUUUCAAGGUCGUGCCGAUGGGCUGGAACUGGGCCGUUCACUUCAUCCAGGAGGCUCACCUCCACAUCGUCAAGUCAGUUUUGCCGUCCCAGCCGUGGUGCGUGGACAAGCACCCGGGGAUGGACCUGAGCGUGGAGGACGCCAAGGUUUUGUAUAUCGACAAUUUCGCCGUACUGUCUGCCUCGCCCCAGCGCGCUGCCCAGGCCGCCUAUGACAUGAAGGCGGCGCUCGCGGCCAAGGGAGUGGUGUCCGAGUUGGACCCCCAGGCCAGCGAGGUGGGCGAGCUGCUUGGGUGCGAGCUUGACCUUCGCACAGGCUGCUGGCAGGUGUCUGGCCGCCGUCUGUGGCGCCUGUAUGGCGCGCUCGAACACCUUCUCUCCUCCCGGAGAGUCAAGGUCUCGGGCCAGGAGCUGGAGCGCCUGAUUGGUCACAUCGUGGCAGCGCUCAUGGUGCGGCGUGAAGGUCUGGCUUUGCUUCAUUCUUCGUACGAGUUCGUGCAGGCCUCCUACACCAAGCGGCAGCCCCUCUGGAAGAGCGUCCUCCGCGAGCUGGGCUGGGUCAAGGCGCUCCUGCCUGCCUCAGGCGUGCUCGCGACCGAGGGCGCGCCUCGCGAGAGGGCGUUCGAGCACGAGGUCGCCUGCGCGCCCGACCCCGCCCUGCUGCUCGUCGGGCGCGCCGCCCGCUUCCCGGAGGUCAGCCACAGCACGUUGCAGUCCAGGACCUGGCGAGUGGUAGGCUGCGGAAGGUGGAAGCGGAAGGAAGCGAUCCACGGGCUCGAGGGCGCCGCCCUCACCUGGGCCGUGAGGCGGGCCGGCAGAGAUGCGCGCCAGCACGGUGGCGACGCUGCAGGCAAAGCUGCCGACGCCGGCGAGCCCAGCGAGGCGGCCCCGCCCCCGCUCCGCCCUUCGCGAGCGGAGCUUGCGCAGGAGCCGUUCGCCCUGCAGCCGCACGGUGGAGCGCCUGACGGUGCAGCAGCCGCGGGGCAAUGGCAGCCCCCCUACGGGCCGCCCGCAGGCGCGGCCGCGGUGGCGCUCACCUCGUCGCCAGGCCCGCGCGGCAGGCAUCCCGGCGCUGGCUGGGCCAAGGAGCAGACGCGGCUUGCGGCGGCCAAGGUGCGCUUCGCCACGCAGCAGCUGUAUCUUGGAGCUGUCCUUGGUCUGGUUCGCUGGCUGUGUCUGGGCUGCCUCCCGGACUGGAGCCGCCAGACCUGGGACGAGACCCUCGCCGAGUACAUCGAGUCGAUCUACGACAGGGGGGGCUCGAAGGCGUCGACGCAGCGGCUGGCCCCGGCACUGUUGUGGGCGGAGCCCCACCUGCAUACGGCUGGUAUCCGCGAAGUCUUCCCGCUGACCCACCAGACGCUGCGAGGAUGGGGGGUGCUGGAGCCCUCCAAGUCCAGGCCGCCCGUGCCGUACCUCGUGAUGCUGGCGGUGGUGCUCCCCCUACCGGAGGAAGGUGGCGCCUCAGCCUUUCUGACCUUUGUGGUGCGAGCAUCGGAGUACGAGGUUCCCACAAAGACCAACGAGUACGACCUCUCAGUGCCCCUCGACCUCCAGAGGCAACAGUGGCUGGUGAAGCCGAUCUCCUUCGUUCAAGCCCUUCGCGAGCCCGACGCGCUGUUCCUGGGCCUGAGCUACACAGAGCUGGCGGAGGACUUCCAGAGCGCGAUCGAGGCGCUGGAUGUGGGUGUACUCAGGCCCACCCUCUACUCCCUCCGGCAUGGAGGGGCCAGCCAGGACCGCAGCAUGGGCGUCAGAAGCUUAGGCGGCGUCCAGCAGCGCGGGGGAUGGAAGACGUUCAAGUCAGUGCUCAGGUACGAGAAGCAUGGCCGUCUGUCCCUCGAGCUUCGCAAGCUGUCGUCCAGGCAGCGCGAGGCCCUGCGAGCCAAAGGACAGGACUGCGCGCUCGCCUUCAACAAGUCCUUG